CCCAAGCAUCCAUGAAACCCCUGCACAGGACUGGAAGAAAAGCUUGAUGUCUGUGCCAAGGGAGACGUACACCGCACUUGUGCUGCCUGGACGAUGUGGAAACUGGAAAUUGUGGGGUGUGCUGAAGCAUGCCCUCUCAGCUUUCGCUCGUGGAAGAACAGAGCAAAGUGACAAGGAACGGCUGCGGGUUCAAGGAAUUGUCUACCUUGUUCUGAUCUCCUGCCAGCUUGUCGUGCCUGCUGUGAUGGGCGUCGCGUGCAGUGAGAUCAGCUGUGGGCCUGACAUGGCACGUGUGGAGACUGAGAACAACGGGAAGCCCCUGCUGGUCCGUGAGGAGUCAUCUCUUAAUAUUCCAGCUAUUGGUGCUGCCCAUGUUCUCAAGAGAUACGUUGCCCAGGCACCGGAUGAACUCUCCUUGGAGGUGGGAGACCUCGUGUGCGUCAUCGAGAUGCCGCCUCAGGAGCUGAGCCCCCGCUGGAGAGGCAAGCACGGCUUUCAGGUUGGAUUUUUCCCUGGUGAGUGUGUGGAGCUCAUUAACGGAAAAAUCCCGGAGAGUCUCAUCAAUUCAGUGCCAAAGCCAGUGCCAAAGAAGCGCGGCAAGCUCCUCACCUUCCUUCGUUCCGUGGUGAAGGCCCGCCCAAAGCAAUGGAAAGAGCAGGAGGUGGAGAAGGAGAGGGUGUUUGGCCGUGACCUGGGAGAGCAUCUUCUCCACUCUGGUCGUGAUGUCCCCCAGGUCCUCCAGAGCUGCGCCGAGUUCAUCGAGCAGCAUGGCGUGGUGCAGGGGAUAUACCGCCUGUCCGGCGUGGCGUCCAACGUCCAGAGACUGCGCCAGGAAUUUGAGUCUGAGCAGGUUCCUGAGCUAACCGUCCGCGACGUUCACAGCGCGAGCUCCCUCUGCAAAAUGUACUUCAGGGAGCUCCCGACCCCCCUGCUGACCGACCAGCUGUACGACAAGUUCUCGGAUGCUGUUGGUGCCACUACGGAGGAGGAGCGGCUGGUCAGAAUGCGGGACACCAUCCAGCAGCUGCCCGCUCCUCAC